CAGAAAGUGCAAUUAAAUUAAAACUGAUUCUACUGCUAGGCUCAGAAACAAUAUUCGAAAUGUUUCAAUAAAUAUUAGGAAAAUAAUUAUAAAAGUGAUUUAUCAUUAUAAAAUGUUUAAUGAACGCAACUAAUUGUAAACUACCGGAAGACAUUAAUGAAGAAUACAUAAAUUUGCUUGAUGGGCUUUUAGCCAAUCAUACCUAACGCAACCUGAUACCGGGCUACCGGAAAAGGGGGAUUCAUCGUUGCAGAGGCGAAAAGGGUACGUCGAGGAAAUUUCUUGAUGGAAUUAAGUCAAUGAAAUUACGGAAAAACUGCUUUGUUUGAACUGAUAGUAUAGCGCUCUCGGUGGAAAUAUGUGGCUAGAAGAAUGCCACAGUUUCGCCGAACUGUGUCGGGGAUAUUUGCCGUACUAUUUAUUAAUAGUUCUGCCGAUUUUCAUUAUCAUCUCUCCGGUUAAUCCUGUAGCCGCUUCCCACGAGUUCCCUGUAUAUCGUAUGCAUCAGUAUGACUUGCACGGAGUUCCACAUGGUUGUCGAAAUGCACCGGUUUCCUUGGAGGCGAGAUCAUUGACUGGAUGGAGUACUUCUAGACACUGCGUUGUUGCAAAAGCUUUGGAUAUCACGCCGUCUGUCUUCCAGUCCAUUAAAAGCAAGGCUGGCGCAUUGGUAAUUGUUCUGCCUGAGAAAAUAAAUGAGCUUACAAUAGAGGAAGAGCAGCACAUCAUGAAUCUAGAAGAGGCUAUGAUGUAUGGCUCUGAGACGAUGAUACCAGUAUACUUUGCACUGUGGCAUCCAAAUCUUCAAACAAUUCUGGACGAUAUUGCAGAUGGUUUUAUUACUGAUGAAAAAGCUGGCACCGCAGCAGAGGCUAUGUACAACUCAAUUUCCGCCAGUGGUUAUCAAGUAGUGGUAACCACUGCACAGGCACUUCCUAAAACAGAUGUUAAGGUUGCCACACUGCAUGGCAAGUUAACUGGAACUGGCGCUGAGGAGAAAUUACCUACUAUAGCAAUAGUAACACAUUAUGAUAGCAUUGGGGUAGUACCUGAACUGUCCUUUGGUGCAGACAGCAAUGCUUCCGGUAUAGCUAUGUUAUUAGAAAUAGCGCGACUGUUCUCUGCUUUGUAUUCGACAGGUCGAUCAAGACCGCAGUAUAAUAUUGUUUUUAUUGCAACUGGAGCUGGCAAAUUAAACUAUCAGGGUAGUAAGAAAUGGCUGGAGGAUCAAUUGGAUGGACUUGAAGGAUCUAUUAUACAGGAUGCAGCUUAUGUAAUAUGUCUUGACACAGUUUCUGUGAGCGAUAAUUUAUAUGUACACGUAUCAAAGCCACCUAAAGAGAAUUCGUCGGGUGGUUUGUUUUACAAGGAACUGAAAACUGUGUCGCAAUCCCUAAAUACUGUCAAUGUUGAAGGUGUGCAUAAGAAGAUCAAUCUUGCGGAAGAAACAUUAGCUUGGGAACACGAAAGAUACAGUAUUCGGAGAUUGCCAGCUGCGACUUUAUCCACAUUAAAAAGUCACGAAGAUCCAAUUAGAAGUACUAUAUUAGACGUUGCUAAGGAAGGACAAGUAGACAUAUUAUACAAGCAUACUCAAGUUAUAUCUGAAGCAUUAGCACGACAUAUAUACAACUUAAGUUCUAGUCAAAUCUUUUCUGGUUCACUGGAUGUGUCGAAAGAAUCGCUCUCUUUAUGGUUUAAUUACUUUGCUUCUCAACCAAGAGCAGCAUCUUUACUAGCAGACAAACACAACUUACUAGUCGGUACUUUGAAAGAAGCAAUGGCGAGAUACUUGGGAGAGGUUAAAAUUACUCUCCAUACUCCUGAUAAACGAGAUCCAGAAUUCGUAUUCUAUGAUGUCACAAAAGCAAAUCUAAAUGUAUAUAGUGUAAAGCCGGCUGUGUUUGAUCUCUUUCUUACAUUCGGCAUAAUCGUGUAUUUGGGGAUAUUUUACAUGAUUAUACAUAAUUUUCCACGCAUUUAUUCUCUAGCAACGAGAUUUUCUGCAAAGAGCAAGACGGCUUAAAUCUUAUUUCGCAUUUACAAACGAAAAUUGAAUGUAUUGGAGAAAGUUUUUAAAAAUUUCCAGUCAGUUAAACGAUCAACUUACACUAAAAAGUUGACUGUAGCUCUUAAAGAGUUAAUAUAUUUCCUCCAAAGUGCUAUGAGUACUCCAAAAUAAUUGUAUAUUGAUGUAUAUUUAGGUAAUUGCCAAAGGCGAAUAAUUUGCGAUAAAGGCAAGUAUACAAGUUGAUUUGUAUAUUUAUUUCAUAAACUUUUAAUUGUAGAAUAACUAUGAAGAUUACAUAUUCAUAAUGCUCAAUCGAAUAUCGCUACCCUCUCGUAAUCUCUUCCAGCAAUAUAACGAUAUUUAGACAUUGAGAAAAAGUAUAAUAUUUUCGUGUAAAUAGAAAUUGUUCUCUAGUUGAACUGCCAUAUAAAGAAAGGUGAUAAUUAAGACCAAUUUAUGAUCGACCAAAUAGUGAGAUAUCAGGAUGCAAGUUAUGAUUUAUGAAAUAAAGACUGGAAAAUUAUUACAUGGGAACGUAAAUCGCUAUAAAAUUUAAUAUAUGUAUCUAAUGGUAGAUAUUUCAAGCCUAUAUUUAUUAAAGAUGCUUUAUAAGUAAUUGUAAAUUUAUUAAUUUUAAUAUCCUUUAGGAAUGAAA